UUCCACAUGGAAAAAUCAAAACACUGGAACAUGUGCGGAGUCCUCGUCACGUGCAGGAAGCCGUUUCAAGAAAACACUGAGUGAAAACGGCCAAUGAUCGACACAUUCAAGAGCCAAUCAGCAAGGGAAUUCCGGGUAGCAACAAAAUAAAAACAAACACAACCGCCAAUCACGAAGCGUACAGAGGCUUUCCACUGACUGUUUACUUCCUUCAAUAUCCAAGACAAGCAGAACGGUCUCACCACACAACAAAGGAAUCGCGGACAUGCCGUUCUUGGGCCAAGACUGGAGGUCUCCUGGAUGGAGCUGGGUCAAGACCGAAGACGGAUGGAAACCCUUCGAAUUUUUCGGUCAUGACUUGCGGGAUAACAAUAAAGAACUGGACUUAGAUGAGCUGGUCAAUGAAAACAAAGAGAACCUGCAUGUAGCGGAUGUAUGUGAGGUAUCAGCCAAAAAAAGAAGAAAGGACUACGUCAACAACAACACAAAAUCACAGUUUUUGUACAGGGAGAGAUGGAUCUAUGUUCAGAAAGAGAGCACGAGAGAGAGACAUGGCUACUGUACACUGGGUGAGGCCUUUAACAGGCUGGACUUUUCCAGUGCCAUCCAGGAUGUGCGCAGGUUCAACUAUGUGGUCAAACUCCUGCACCUAAUUGCAAAGUCUCAGCUGACGUCUUUGAGCGGAGCUGCACAGAAAAACUAUUUCAACGUGCUGGAGAAGAUUGUGAGAAAGGUCCUGGAGGAUCAUCAGAACCCACGGGUGAUCAAAGCCUUGCUACAGGACCUCAGCUCCAUGCUCUGCAUUCUCAUCCGUGAGGUCGGCAAGUCCGUGCUCGUCGGCAACAUCAACAUCUGGGUCAGUCGCCUGGAAACCAUCCUCAGUUGGCAACAACAGCUCAACAAUUUACAGAUCCCCAAGCAAAUCUGCAAUGGCAUGACCCUGAGCGACCUUCCUCUACACAUGCAGAACAACAUUCUGUACAAGUUUAGUGAUGCUUGUGACAUCAUCAACUUGGGACAGGCCACACCCACUCUGCAUAUGCUCAGUGAGGACCGGCAGCUGUGGAAGAAGCUGUGUCAGUUUCACUUUGCUGAGAAACAGUUCUGCAGACAUCUAGUUCUGUCGGAGAAGGGCCACGUGGACUGGAAGCUGAUGUUCUUCACGCUGCAGAAGCACUAUCCAAAGAAGGAGCAGUAUGGUGACACGCUCCACUUCUGUAAACACUGCAGCAUCCUGUUCUGGAAGGACAGACACCUGGCUUUGUUCUUUAAGGACUCAGGACACCCCUGCACAGCCAACGACCCUGACAGCUGCCUCACUCCCGUCUCCCCCCAGCGCUUCAUAGACCUCUUCAAGUUCUGAGGCUCUGGAACGUUCUCCAAGCUUCACAAGCAUCUACAAGGCUCUGGAUUUUUCACUCAUGCAACUCCCCAGUGACUCUGAAAACCUGCUACAACACCAUUCCUGACUGUUGUUCUGUUUCUAAUUCCUCUCUCCCCCAGACCAUUUUCUUCUCCUCUCGUCGGUUAGCUGUAGCUGGGCUAUCUGACGGGUGCUGUGUGCCAAAACGCCGACCCUGCCCUUAUCUCACAUCUAUGUCGCGUACCCAACACCACCAUUCAAACUUUAAGGGCUUAUUAGAAAGAUCUCAUGGUGUUUAAUGUUUUUUCUCAUCUGUCCUCCUAUUCUUUUUGGAGUUCUGGUCUCUCCAUGAUAUUCAGCACCAGUCUGUGGGAGGGAGGGGUGUACAUUUCGACAGUGGGAGGCAGAGACUCGAAAGACUUUGCUGCAUGCUGGGGGGGGGGGGGUCCAGGCUGAAGGCCUUUGGGAGAGAGUGCAACACUUUGCCCCUUCUGUUUUCACUUUCAUAUUAACUGAAUGCAUGUGGAAAUAAUUGUGCUUUAGCGUUUAUGUUGGACUGUCCUUGUUAUUUCCUCGUGCCAUACGUGUAUGUGAUGUGUUGACACUAAAUGGACAUUUGCAUUGCAAAGAUGGCAAAUUUUUAAGAUACUCUUUUCUGAAAUCAGUUGCAAAGGCAAAAAAAGAUGUAAGCAUUACUAUUUAUGAAAAAAUGUAUUUUAUAUCCUUUCUCUUGACUUUGUAAUAUUCCUUUAUUAUUCUACAAAAUUGCGUGUAAUGUAUAAGCUUGUCCCAUAAGAAAUUUGGACCUUGAUGGUACUAAUAAGCGAUUUGGUAGAGAAAUGGAAACCUAUAAUGAUUAAACCUUUGGUGGGGAAACUGA